AUGAAAAUCAAUCUCGCAAAGGCUCAAGAUAUCCAGCAAUCAACCCUGAAUGAAGAUCCCGAAAAUACGUUACCCCCAAGUCAUCGUAUCAAUCGAAAAGAGUUAAGUGAAAUCGAAGAUUGGCUUUUUAUCUCCGGCGAAACGACGGCGUCCGAACCUGAAAUUCUCGAGAAGUCAGAAAUCACGUACGUCAUCAACGCAGCGAUAGCGGUCGCAAAAAUGGGGUUUCCACAGAAAUUCAAAUAUCUUGCGUUUGAUAUGAGUGAUGACACCGAACAAGACUUGUCGAGUUUCAUCUUCCAUUCGAUCGACUUCAUGACGAAAUUACGAAGGGAAAGUCCAACAAAUAAAUGCUUGGUACACUGCCAUGCCGGGAUUAGUCGAAGUGUCUCGUUGGUACUCUCGUAUUUCAUGUAUGAGCAACAUAUGUCAUUUGAAGAAGCACUGGCUUAUGUGAAAACGCGUCGUAAAGUUGCAUGCCCUAAUAUUAGCUUUGAGUGCCAACUCAAACUGUUUCAAGAGCUUUUAAAAAGUAAAAAGCCACUCCACUGCGUUUACUGCAAACUCCGGCGACAUGUCAACUCAUCGAUAUUUCCAUUGUACAUCGCACACUGCUUGACUGUUGGAUCGGAAACGUCAUUCGUUGCGGAUAGAACGACACUUCAAAUGUUCUCAUCGGGGGAUUCGCCAUACAUUCCACUUGAUUCGUUGUUUGACUCGCGAGGGUGUUUUGUUGUAUUUACAAUGGAGGGGACAUUGUACAUCUGGAAGGGAUCUUUAUCGCAACAAAGCGAGAUGGAAGCGUGCGAGAAAUAUUGUGAGCAAGUUGAGCGGAUCAUUGGUGUUGCGGAGCACUCGGUGAUCAAAGAGAACGAAGAGUCCGAGACGUUUUUGAAAGAAGCACACUUGUAUCCACCACAACGAAGACUUCAUUUACAUAAAAGAUAUGACGUUGAAUACCCUGUUAUUAAAAAUGAAAGGCUUUUACUCCGAUACCCUGAUUGGAGGGUCAUGGAAGAGUUUGAAAUUGAGAACGAGACGGAAACACCAAUCAUCAUCUUCCAACCAAAAACUAUGAACCCACCAAAACCCAAUUUCAACCCAACAGAAACAGCACCGUUUGCGUUUUCAAUGCACGAGAAGAUUGGGAGAGUCGAUCACCCCGAAAGCAAAGUCGAGAAGUUGGAUCUGCACAACGUUAAAAAAGGGAAGAUCAAUCCACUGUUUCAUCCAAUCACACCACGCACCGAAUUAACAGAACAAAAAGAUAAUGAACUGAAAGAGCAAAAAGAAACAAAGGUGGGUCGGAGGCAUUUUCCAAAGAAGCGGUGCAACACAAUAUUAAGUGGGACAGAGAGUGAGUUUUCGCCGCAGAAGCCCGACACAACCAAAUACAAAAUCGUCGUGUUUAUACCGAUGCAAUUUCCGCGCUUUUCGACAAUGGUCGGGAAGCUCAACAAAGUCGAUUUUGAGCUGUUGACAGAAAAAGCGAAUUGUGUGCAAGUCACGGGGGAAGUCGAGAUCGUUGAUCAAUUCAUUGACAGCUUCAAACUCAACAAGGAAGAAAUUGAAAUUGUCGCCUACUUCACAAAAAGUACGUUCGGCACGUUCGUCAGAGAGAACCUUUGA